AUGGACUAUAUUCAACGUUUGCUUAGGCCCGGUGGAAACCAGGAUUUCCAGCGAAUUCCGGGGUCAUUUCCCACCAGUGAGGACGAACAUCCACCCACACCCGGUUCCCCAGUACAUCGGUCACCAUUCGAGAGCGUAACGAGAGUUUGUCUCAAGAUUCCCCUUCUCUUGAUCUACUAUGCCAUGGCCACAUUGGUACUGCUGAUUAACGUACUGCGACCUUUUCACAAAGUUUGGUCGUUCUACGACCGUAAGAAGAGAACUCUGGAUCACGAAGAUGCCCUGUCUUCUCUUCUGGAUACUCUGUGUUUGGAACACAGCUCACAGGUAGCCAAAACUUCGGCCGAUGAAGCUCGAUUGGAGGAUUCCUUCAGCUUUGCUUCCAUUUACAGUGCAGAAGAUGGAACUUUGACACCUCAUCUCGUUCCAUCGUAUGCGAAGUUGCUGCAGUCAAGCUCUGCACAGGUCAAAUUUGGCAUCGUGUACCUUCACGAUCAGUUGCUGGACAAUUGUGGUGAGUAUUUAGGCGCUCUAUGUUCUGAAAAGUUCGUCAACAUGGCUCGUAGAUACGAGGCCCUGAUCUGGAUGGGGGACGUGACAACUUCUGAAGGGCUUCAGGUCGCAAAUGGCUUGAAAGUCAGAAAGCUACCUUUUCUAGGCUUAUUGGCCCCCAAACCUGGAAACAAGAUACAAGUCAUUGAGGCAAUCGAAGGUGAGAGUCCAGAUCGGUCGCUUGCUGGGUUUGAGGCCAAAAUGGCAAAGUUUUAUCAAAGACUCAUCGAGUUACGUCAACAACAGCAAAAUAUAGAGCUUCAGAGACUUAUGCGGGAACAACAGGAUUCGCGGUAUCAAGCGUCGCUUCGGCAGGACCAAGAACGCAGUCGCAUCAGACAAGUUGAGGAAGCCAACCAGAGAAGACAGGAGCGUGAAACAGAUUUAAAGCAACAGUGGCUUUCCUGGAGAAGACAGACCUUGAAUCAGGAGCCAGAUAGUUCUGAAGGCUCCUGUAGAGUGGCCAUUCGGAUCGCAGAUCAAGGUCGUGUUGUUCGCCAUUUUGACGCUAAACUACCCAUUGAAGAAAUAUACGCAUUUGUCGAACUAUCUCGUCUGGGAUUGCUCAAUGAAACAUCAGAUACAGACCGGGUAGACAUCAGAAAGCCCAAUUACGAGUACAAAUAUCCGUUUAAGCUCAUAACCCCGGUACCAAGAGUGGAUUUAGAUCCACAGGCCAUAAUUAAGGACGUUGAUGCCAUUUAUCCAUCGGGAAAUAUUGUUAUGGAGUUCAAUAUCGCAGACUAA